AUGGCGCGGCUGCUGCGGGAGGAAGCAACUCUGAAUUGGCUGCGGCUCUUUCGGCUGUUGGACUCGAGAAGCAGCGGGGCGCUGCAGGCAGAGGAGCUGCAGCAGCAACUUGCUGCUGCGCUGCUGCAGCAGAUGCAGCAGAAGGGCCUGACUCUGCAGCAGCAGCAGCAGCAGCAGCAGCAGCUCGAGGUCCUCAUUCGCUACGUGCUGCAGGCAGCAGCGGAUGCAGCAGCAGCAGCAGCAGCAGCAGCAAACGCGGAGGCGGUGGCGGAGAGCAGCAGCAGGUGUCUGGAUGUUGACGAUCUGCUGUCGCUGCUUGCUGCUGAUGCCGGCUGUGCUGCACCUGCUGCCAGUCAGCAGCAGCAGCAGCAGCAGCAGCAGCUAACGACGCGGGCAAUGGCAGAGUACAUGAUAGAACAGGUUAGAUUGGCAUGCAGCCCCAGCCCCACAAAGCGGCUCCGCACGAAGCAGCAGCAAGAGGAAGAGCAGCAGCAGCAGCAGCAAGAGCAGGUCGUCGUCGUCCAGCAGCAGCAGCAAGAGCAGAAGCAGCAGCAGCAGCAGCAACGAAGACAGACGCCUCCGCGCCACACAGCUCAUGCAGCUUUGGAGGUGCAGCAGCAAAUCGGCACUUUUGCUGCUGCUGCAGCAGCAGCAGCAGCAACAGGCUCUGCAGGCAGCCCGCUAGGGACUCCUCUGCGCAGCCGCGCCUACAGCAGCACUGCGACGCCGCAGAGAGCAGCAGCAGCAGCAGCAAGCCCGGAUGCUGCAGCGGGAGCAGCAGCAGCAGCAGCAGGUCCAGCAGUAGCAGCAGCAGAAACAGCAGCAGCAGCAACUCCCUCCCGUCUGACGCUGCCAGAGUUCAGGGCCAUGAUGGAAUGCACAUUUGCAGAAGAUGCAAAGGCUUUGGCCCGUUCGCAGCUGGCUCUUGUUGCUGCUGCUGACAGCAGCAGCAGCAGCAGCAGCAGCGGCUGCUGCUGCAGCUGCAGCAGCGGCAGCAACCGCAGCAGCCCCGCCUGGAGCAGGCCCGGCAGCUGCACGCCCAGCCGCACCCCCAACUACCAGCGACCGCAGCAGCAGCAGCAGCAGCAGCAGCAGCAGCAGCUGAAGCGGCAGCAUACACCCUGCAGCUGCUGCCGCUGCAGCGGCCUCUCCUGCAGCAGAAGCAGCUGCAGCAGCAGCAAGCGCAGCAGGUGCUGCAGCGCUAGCCCGACCUUGUCACGAUCGAGGCACCAGCAGCAGCAGCAGCAGCAGCAGCAGCAGCAGCAGCAGCAAGGAACUGCUGGUUCUUCAGAACAAGAAAUAGUGUCUUCGCCUUUAACAGGAAGGAGCUGCUGCUGCAUGCAGAAGGCUGCAGCAGCAGAUGAGCUGCUGACUCUGUGCUGCCGUCAGCAGCAGCAGCAGGCUUUGCUGCUGCAGCACGUCUUGAGGGAGAAGCUGCUGCUAGGGAGAGACAGGAGCCGCAGCAGCAAGCUGCUGCUGCUGCUGCUACGCUGCUGCGGCGCCGGGCAGCAGCACCAGCACUUCGUUCAUUGCCCUCCAGGACCCCUGCAGCAGCAGCAGCAGCAGCAACAGCAGCAGCAGCAGGAACAGCAGCAGCAGCAGGAACAGCAGCAAGAAGAGGCAGGGCUGCUUCAGUUUCUCCUCUCUCCGCGGCCUCUCGCAGGCCGGCUGGUGCUGCUGCUGCUGCUGCUGCUGCUGCUGCUGCCGGCGCUGCCCCCACGGCGCACUCAAGAGCAGCAGCAGCAGCAAGAGAUGAAGCUUCAGCUGCGCAAGCCCCUGGCCCAGGGAGAAGGCCUGCACCAGUUGCUGCUGCUGCUGCUGCUGCUGCUGCAGCUGCUGCUGGCAGCACGAAGAGCCCCCGGCAGCUGCUGCCGGAAUCCCAGCAACAGGAGCAGCAGCAGCAGCAGCAGCAGCAGCAGCAGCAAAAUCGGUGGCGAGCAGCGACUCUCCGCAGCCGCAGUGUACAGACACCGAAGGGAAAUGGCGCUGGCCAAGUGGGACGCGCAGCAGCAGCAGCAGCAGCAGCAGCUGCUGCUGCUGCAGCAGCAACUGAAGCAGCAAGAAGACCUGCAGCAGCAGGCAGAAUUUGAGCUGUCAAAUUUAACUUUAAUAAUAUGUCAAAACGAAGCCCAGGUGUAUAGACACCUGAGAGCUUCGGAGCAGCAGCAGCAGCUCUCGCUGCUGCUGCUGCAGGGAUUAUAUGCCCAGGCUUCCAGUAGUCUGCUGCUGCAGCAGCAACAGCUGCUGCUGCAGCUGCUGCUGCUGCAGCGCGACCUGUUGUCCGCAAAUACUGCUUUCGCAGCUGCUGCUGCUGCUGCCGCAGCAGCUUUUGCAUCGGCAGCACCUUCUGCAGCCUCAAGAGCUUCCGCAGCAGCAGCAGCAGCAGCAGCUUCUGCAGCAGCAGCAGCAGCAGCAGCAGCAGCAGCAAAAGACUUGCUUCGGAUUUGCCUGGUGGGUCCACAGCUACUCAGGAUAUUUAAGGGAAAUUAA